GUUCUGAUUGGCUGGGAGUGACUGGAGAGGUCAAGAUGGUGGAAGUUCAGGAGUAAUCAGGUGUUGAGUGUAAACAAGAGCUCCCCAGUUAGAAGAAUUGAGUAUUUUGGUCAUUAUUGGCUCGUCCAGGGUCGUUACUUGUACCGUGGGCGUGGGAGCAGGGCGUGUGACCCACCGUGAUGCCUCAGGAUGGUGUGGGCAGCAAGUCUGGUGGGAAGAAAAGAUCCGGGGGCGUUCCUCGGGUCCGCAGCCACACAGACGCCGAGCUGCAGUACUACCGGGACCAGGACCAUGAUGUGCUGCCAUCACACCUCAGGGUGCGACUUCAUGACUUGUUCCUACAGAUAGAGAAGGAGUUUGAGGUGCUGUACACUGACAACUUAGCAUUGCAAGAGAAGGUGGACAGCCUCACGGAGAGGUUGGAGAGGGAGUCGGUGGCCGGGGAGAGAGUGACGGGCACUGAGGAGACAGAUGGAGCCUCAACUAAGGGCGGGAUUAAGACAAAGUCUGGUGGUCCAAGCUCCCAGAAGGUGAAGGCAGCCAACAAGCUGCGUGUCCAGACCUCCAAGAUUGUGUCUAGCUUCAAGAAUGACUCGGUGUCCUGCCGGAUGGUGAAGGAAUACGUGGGUCACAGGGACGGCGUGUGGGACGUGGCGGUGUCCAGGGGCGGCACUCCUGUCAUCGCCACCGCCUCCGCUGACCAGACAGCAUGUGUAUGGGGCAUUGAUGGUGGGAAGAACCUGCUGCAGUACACAGGCCACAGUGGCUCAGUCAACUCUGUCAAGUUCCAUCCAUCGAAAGAUCUCAUCCUCACUUCCAGCGGGGACCACACAGCCCACAUCUGGCAGGCGGUCAUCACCCCAGACCAGCUGCGAGUCCACUCCUCCGAGGACGAAGUGGACGGGAGUGACAGGGAGGAUGAGGAUGAUGGUGGGCGCUGUGAUGGCUCAGGGGGACCGGCCACCCUCCGCACUCCACUGCGGGAGCUGAUGGGACACACCAGUGUGGUCAUCGCGGCAGACUGGCUUCCUGGCGGAGACCAGGCCAUCACCGCAGCCUGGGACCGCACUGCCAACCUGUAUGAUGCCCACACUGGGGAGCUCCUCUCUCAACUGAUUGGACACGACCAGGAGCUGACCCAUUGUUGCUCCCACCCCACACAGCGCCUGGUGGUGACAGCGAGUAAGGAUACCACAUUCAGGCUAUGGGACUUCAGGGAAACCAUCCACUCCGUCUCUGUUUUCCAGGGACACACAGAGAGUGUGACAUCUGUGUGCUUCACCCGCGAGGACAAGGUUGUGUCUGGCUCGGAUGACCGCAGUGUUAAGGUGUGGGAUGUGAAGAACAUGCGUUCGCCCCUCGCCACCAUUCGGCUCGACUCACCCGUCAACAGACUGGCAGUGUCCCCAACCAACGUGAUUGCCAUCCCUCAUGACAAUCGCCACGUCAGGCUCUAUGACCUGGCUGGCAGCAGGCUGGCCCGCCUUCCACGAAGCAACAGACAGUGUCACCGACGGAUGGUGUGCAGUGUGGCCUGGGGAGACGACUCACUGGGAGCACGCUGCAACCUCUUCACAGCAGGAUUCGACCGCGUGGUGUAUGGCUGGUCCGUGCACUCCGACAAGGAAGGGAAGGACUGA